AUGUCCGGUGUAGAGCCAUCCAGAAGACCCCCUCUUGCUGGCAAACCACCAUUUGCAACAGACGAUCCAGACGAACUUUUCGACCAACCAUCGCUUUCUAAGCGCCGUGUCCGUAAGCCAGCAGAACCUAAUCCCAACGACCGCACUUCUGCCUAUAACAUGUACGAUCAAUAUCUUGACGGUGAAGAUUCCUCCAACCGUCAGUCUGGUUUCGGUGCAGUCGGCCUCGGUUUCAUGACUGGGGACUUGAGUGACGAUGAGGACGAGGAAGUCCUUAUGCAUAAGCCUCCUAUGGUAACCGAGUCUAAGCAUGGUGCUAUGAACGCAUCCCCGAUACCCCUCGCUGCUCCACGUCCCGGUUAUCCAGCACCCAUCUCAGCACUCAAUAUACCAUCUCCCGCUGCAACACCCGAAAUGAGACAAACUGUCCAACACCCCCCCGUGCACCAGCCUCCACAGCCCAUGCCAAAUGCACUGCAAGUCAACCGCCCCCCAGCUGACAUAAAUAUUCAACCACCACGUAUGCCUGUCCCAAUCUACGAGACUCCUUCCCCUCGUCCAUCAGUUCCAAACACUCCGCAUCCUCUCCAGCCUCCAAUGACCCCAAUCACUCCCGUCUUUGCUCGUCCCGCCAAGUUGCCCGCCCCAAGAAAUAUACAGUAUGCAGGCGACACAAUCAUUCGUGGAGGCUCAGAGGACAACUUGGUGCCGAGACGUGGCCAGAAGGGAGAUGACUUCUGGAGGAGGUUUAGCAUCGUUGCGAAGGACGAGAAGAAGACGAGUUCUUGGUUGAUAAAGACACAGAAUGGGUCUUCAAAGUUGUCACGCUGGGUUUGGUUCAUUGGGAUAAUGUUUCUAGUUCUCAUUGCUGCUGGUAUCGGAAUCGGCUGGUACAUCUCUCAUAAGUCAACAUCGAAUACGGUUCCAAAGGCUAUCGGAGGCAGCGCCAAUGAAACCAUGAAUCCCACCAGUACUCGUGCAUCGAUCGGGGUUUCUUCAUCUUCAUCAUUGCACGUGUCGCCUACAAACACGGUUGCACGCCGUAACGAGGCCGAGCCCACACCUACUAUCCGCGAGGCAGUGCAGGAGUUCUUGGAGGAGGUUGGCCAAGCUCCAGCGGCAAAAUUAAACGUGCCUGCCGGACGGAGCUGGAAACAUCGGCGCCGUGUCGAGAUCCAGUUCUAA